AUGAGUAGUAGAUCCACCUCCGCGCUCUCUCGAAACCUCAUCUCCCACGCCCAGGAGUCCAAAGUUGAGAUUUCUACACACAUGAAGUUCCUCCGAAAGAUGAGGCCAAGGACGAGUUCAAGGCAGAGGUUUCUGCUGCUGAUUCUGGACUGUCCCGAGGUCAAGAAGGACGUUGAGGGCGACGAGGUAGAAUCUAAGGAUGAUGCAAAGGAGUCUCAAACUGAGGACGUCAUGGGGGCAGUAAUGGAGCUAAAUGAUACAGAGGAGAACUCCAUUAGCGUUGAGAAGAAGACCAAGGAGGCAUCGGAGAAGGAAUCCAGAAAGGAAUCUAAGACAGGAGACGUCGCCGUUGAAGAGGUCAAUUCCGAGUCUCAACACGUCAACAAUGAUAUAGUGCCAGGGAGAGCAGACGCUGAACCAGUGAAGGUCGAGCCUAGGCCAGAGAACGCAAAUGAGGUGAUCGCAGAGGGAGGACAAGGUGGAGGAGAAGAAAGGCAAGGUGGAGAAGGGUGA